ACGCGAUUGAGCAGGUCAGUCAGUACGCAAUUGAACCGCAUAGGUGCAACAUGCGUUUGUACAUAUUGUGUUUCAUAACCCUGCAAUUUACGUAUAAUGUUCAUACCGCGCGUAUUUUGGGCCUGUUUCCACACCCGGGAAAAAGUCACCAGAUGGUGUUUGACCCUCUGAUGAGGAAACUUGCAGAACGCGGACAUGAGGUCACUGUUGCAACGUUCUUUCCACUAGAAAAUCCUCCCAAAAAUUAUACAGAAAUCAACCUUCAAAGCCUCGCUGAAUUAAGACUGGAGUCGUUUGGCGCUGAAAUUUACGAAUACCCGAGCUAUCUUAUGAGGAUACCCCUGCUAGGAAGUGUUCUUGAUCAAUAUAACCAACACGACGCCUUGGGCACGCUGGCAGUGACGAUUUGCGAAAAAUUAACAAGAUUUUUACCCUUGAAUAAAGUUUUAAAGCAAGAGUUUGACGCUGUAAUCGUUGAGCGUUUUGACAGUGCAUGUGUUCAUGGUUUAUUAAAUGUUUAUAAUAUACAAGCACCUGUUAUUGGGAUAUCGUCUUGUGCGCUUAUGCCGGGUGAUGCUGCAAUAAUGGGCGCUGAAAUGAAUCCGUCGUUUAUACCAGUGGUUACAUCUUCGUUUACUCAUAAAAUGUCAUUUUUCGAACGAUUGGAGAAUUUUCUCGCCCUAAUGUUAUUUACAGAAAAGUAUCGUACCACACGAGCGAAGGAGAGGGCGGUAAUUGAAGGCCAUUUUGGCAAAAAAAUUAACGAUCUUGACGCGGAAGUUAGUAAAAUGUCAUUGUUGUUUGUCAACUCUUUCUUUGUUGGAAACGGUGUUUACCCGCUUGUUCCAGGUAUUAUCGAAAUAGGAGGUAUUCAUAUCGAUCCAAAGAAUAAAAAUAUACCUACUCAUGUGGAGAAAUUUGUUGCUGCUUCAGAGCAUGGUGUAAUAUUGUUCAGUUUGGGAUCGCAAUUAAGUUCCACAUCAAUUUCGAAAGAGAAACAGGAUAUUUUUAUGAGAGCGUUUUCAAAACUUAAAGAGCGAGUUAUAUGGAAGUAUGCAGACAGUGCAGAAGAGGGAACGUUGAUAUCACAUAACAUUUUGCGAGUGAAGUGGCUGCCACAAAAUGAAUUAUUAAAACACCCUAAAAUAAAAGCUUUUAUUGGCCACGGAGGUAUGCUAGGAUCACUGGAAGCAGUAUCGGCUGGCAAGCCUUUGAUAAUAAUACCAGUAUUUGCCGACCAAAAGCUAAACGCAGCUGCUCUGAAAGAUAGAGGGAUAGCUGAAAUUUUAUCUCUUGCAAAUCUAAAGGAGGAAGACUUAGAAAAAGCCUUGAAAAAUAUUUUGAGUCCGAGUAUGCGAGAGAGAGCUCGUCUUGUAUCCUUAAUGUGGCAUGACAGAGAGAGACCCCCAUUAGACACAGCUGUGUACUGGACCGAAAGGAUAAUAAAAUGGGGCAACCAGUCACAACUUUAUUCACAAGCAAAAUAUCUUCCAUUCUAUCAGUACGCGCUCCUAGAUGUCACCGGCUUUGUAAUAAUGUUUAUUAUAGCUCUCAUUGUUACAUCUGUUUAUAUUGUAAAAUAUUUAUUAAUCAUUUUAAGAAGUGAAACAAAAGAGAAAAUACACUAAGUUGUUAGCGUUUUAAAAAUAAAAAUUAUAUAUGGAAACAAUAUUAUUAAAUACAAAAAUUUACCAUAAUGAAAACCACAAAUUGUACUUCGUAACCCAUAAAUUAUUUUACUUGAAACUGGCAUUAAAUUAUAACUAUUGCCAUAAAAUUAAAAAAAAAACAUAAAUUCUUAUUAUGGCCUGUCUUAAUCAAUUACAAAAUAAUUGAAUUACGAUAUAUAUGUGUUUCGUAAUGCCAAGAAUAAAUAUAAUUCAUACCCUUUUUUGCCGAAAAUAACCUUGUCACACAUUUUAAUACAUAUGUACAAAUGUGUCUAAACAGGCCUAGGUAAUUUGCGAAUUACACGAAACUGUAUGGUUUGUUUAAGAUCUGGUCAGUGAAUAAAACCUGUUUUUAGCAACAA